AUGGGAGCUCGAACCACAUCGGCCACCGGGCUGAUCCUCUCAUCACGACCGACCUCGACCUCCAUCUGUUCCCAAUGCCUCCGCGAUGACCUCCGCUUGACGCAUGUUGCCCUCCAAUCCCGCAAAUACCACCCCACACGCCGGAGGGAUGCUUCGCCGUUCGGAGCCGCUGUGUCGGCGGCUCAGGCCAUCUUCAAGGGUAUGCCAAAGGCACCUCCAGGCAUCUCAGUCGAUCCAUUGAGAAUGGUUGGGAAAGAGCUCAAAUUUCUCUCUAAAAAUAUUCGACAGCUGCUUGGAUCUGGCCACCCGGCACUAGACAAGGUCGCCAAAUACUACACUCACAGCGAGGGCAAGCACAUGCGGCCGAUGCUCGUCCUCCUCAUGUCCCAGGCGACAGCCUUGGACCCGCGCAAGCACCACUCCUACUCUGAUAAACCGAGCCCCGUCGACUCCUCAUUUAGUGCGCCUUCAAUUCUCGAAGACGCCAAUCCAGAAAUGAACCCGCUCGUGGCUCCAACCGCCGAGAGCCAAUAUGACAUUGCAGGAGACGACAACAUCCUGCCUUCACAGCGGCGACUGGCCGAAAUUACAGAGUUGAUCCACACUGCAUCUCUUUUGCACGACGAUGUCAUCGACAACGCGGUGACGCGCCGCGCCAACAGCUCUGCAAACCUGGCUUUCGGAAACAAGAUGGCUGUGCUGGCUGGUGACUUCUUGCUCGGACGUGCCUCGGUUGCCCUGGCUCGUCUGCGUGACCCCGAGGUCACAGAGCUGAUGGCUACUGUGAUUGCUAAUCUGGUUGAGGGCGAGUUUAUGCAGCUGAAGAAUACCGCGCAAGACGAAUCGAAGCCCAUCUACACCGAUGAUACCCUCAACUACUACCUCCAGAAGACUUAUUUGAAGACCGCCAGCCUGAUCAGCAAGUCUUGCCGAUCUGCUGCCGUUCUGGGCCGUAGUGCCCCGGAGGUGAUCGAGGCUUCGUACACCUAUGGUCGAAACCUGGGCCUGGCGUUCCAGCUCGUCGAUGACAUGUUGGAUUACACUGUUACUGAGGCGGAGAUGGGCAAGCCCGUUGGUGCGGACUUGGAGUUGGGUCUGGCGACUGCGCCGCUCCUUUUCGCGUGGAAGAGUAACCCAGAACUUGGUCCUCUGGUUGGACGAAAGUUCAACCAGGAGGGCGACGUGCAACGGGCGCGUGAGCUCGUUCACCAGAGUAACGGUGUUGAACAGACUCGUGUUCUUGCCCAGGAAUACGCUGACAAGGCCGUUGCUGCCAUCAGUGACUUCCCCGAUAGCGAGGCGAAGACCGGUCUGAUCGAAAUGUGCGAGAAGACGAUGAAGCGGAGAAAGUAG